UACUAUAAACUUAAAAAAAAUACGUAUCAAGAAGGAUUUUUCGAAUAAAAAUUCACAUAUAAUUACCGUAUAUAUAGAGAGAGACUCCAAAUUCUCUCAAAUAUACAGAUAGUAUUAAUUUCGAUGGAAAUUUCGAAAUUAUUAUUGUUAAACUUUUUGGUGAUAUGUUGUUUAGGUUUGAGGGGAUAUUGUGAAGUAAGCGGCGGUGGAGAGCAGCUGCCAUGCAUUCAGAAACUGUUGCCCUGCCAGGCGUAUCUGAAGGGAUCGGCGUGUCUGUCGCCGGCGUCGGCGUGCUGCGUGCCGCUGAAGGAGAUGGCGAGCAGCGACGCCCAUUGCCUCUGCGCCGUCUUCAACAAUCAGGCCUUCUUGAAAAAACUCAAUGUCACGCAGGAAGAUGCUCUCAAUCUUGUUAAAUCUUGUGGUGCCAAUGCUGAUAUAUCCAUUUGCUCUAAAGAGGCUGCACCACCUUCUGGUCCACCAUCAUCUAUUCCAUCUGCACCUUCUUCAAAUAGUUCGGGAACGAGUGGGCCGCCAAAUCAAAAUGCAGGCAUCACCACUGUAUCUCAUGCUGGAGGAUCUCUAUUGUUGCUGCCCUCCAUUUUCGGUAUUAUUGUUUCUCUAUUUUAGAGAUAUUUUUAACAGUUGAGAACUGGGUAUAGCAAUGCGAUUCUUCAUGACUGUAACAUUUCUCUUCUCCAAUUAGUCAACCUUUUUCUUGAGGGCGACCGUAAUCAACUUUAAUUGCACUUUACUACUCCUACUAAUAUAGUAGUAGUAGUAGUAGUAUAAGUUAAAAUUCCUUUGAUUGGUUGUUUCAAUUAAGAAAGUC